UCCGUGUGUGUAUUUAAAGUGGCUCUGUACCAAUGCUCGGUACGCCAGUUUGUAGGUCGGUGUGGAGUUGUUGUUGAGUUUGUUUUUCGGCGUGAAAGUAAAGAAUUUCCCUCGAAGAUGAAGGCUCUUCUGCUUCUCGUUUUGACCGUGUGGUUAAACACUCAGUCCGGCAGCUGCUCUCCGUCCUCUUCGUGCUCCUACCCUCCAUCAAAGUGGUGCUCAUCCAUGGACUCAGCCAUUGAAUGCGGGGUUGUGAAGCAGUGCCUGAUGUCUAACUUCACCAGGGCUCACCAGAAGGACGGUGCAGUCGAGGUGGUACUUUACUACGAGAGUCUGUGUCCCGGAUGCAGGUUGUUUCUCACUGAGGUGCUUUUCCCCACCUGGCUCAUGCUGAAUGACAUCAUGUCUGUCGGUCUGGUGCCCUAUGGCAAUGCACAGGAAAAGCCCGAUGGAAAGAAGUAUACGUACGAGUGCCAGCAUGGACCGCAGGAGUGUUUGGGGAACAUGAUUGAGACCUGUAUAAUGAACAUGAGCCAACUGGCUUUCCCGAUCAUCUUCUGCAUGGAGUCUUCCCCCGAUGUCAUCAAUAAUGCCAAGACCUGCGCAGGCGUCUACGACCCUAAGUUGGACUGGGGCAAAGUCAUGAGCUGCGUCAACGGGGAUCUGGGAAAUCAGCUCAUGCAUCAGAAUGCACUGGACACCAAAGCCUUGAGUCCCGCACACCAAUACGUUCCCUGGGUGACCGUUAAUGGAGAGCACACAGAAGAGCUGCAGGACAAAGCCGUGUCUUCUCUCUUCAUGCUGGUCUGCAACCUGUACAAGGGUCCCAAGACUAAGGCCUGCGGAGGGAGCCAGAAAUACUUUAAGAGUUACUGCCCCAAUGAGUGAAGGAACAACACUGCACAUGCUUGUACGCAAGCACUGGUCCAGGUGUGGCCACUAAACAAGAAACACUUAAGAAUAUCGUCAAAUACAUUCUUACUUUUACAUCUGUGAUUUUGCACUCUGUUUCUAAAAGGGAAGAACUUGAUUAUGUCACCUUAUAAAUCACGCAAUAUAAAUGAAAUUCAAUUUUCUAAAAAAAAAAAAAGUGUGUCUUUCUUCAAAUGUUGUCCACUGAAAUCAUAAGUGGGAUUUGUAGGAGUUUAGUAUUUGCACUCAAACAAAAGCACUCUCCUUACUGCCCUAUAGAUGGCACCAUACCUUUGGAAUAGUCAUUCCACUCAUGGGACUGCGUGAUCCGCUGCUGUCAGAGCAUAAAAGGAAACAAAACUGGUUACAGAUACAGUUCAUGGAGGCAGGAGAAAACACUGUUAGUGUCACCCUGUCUGACGACGGCUUUUUACAUCGUCCGUAUUUGAUUUAAUGUUGAAUAUAAUGUCUAAUUCAAAAAAAAAAAGGAAUAUU